AAACACGUCGGGCGCGGUUAGUUUGAAGAAAACAGCUUAGCAGAAAACCAUUCAGCAGCACUACUCUACUAGUUGCAAGCUGAAGCGGGGAAGGUUUUUGUCAACCAUCUCAUCCCCGAAGAAAAUAGUUUUGAGGAGCGGAACCGGUCAAAAUGGAGGACUACUUGAAGAUUGAGAAAAUUGGUGAAGGUACCUAUGGAGUGGUGUACAAAGGCAGGCAUAAGGCUACAGGUCAGGUGGUUGCUAUGAAGAAGAUCCGUCUUGAGAGUGAAGAGGAAGGUGUCCCGAGCACUGCCGUCCGGGAGAUAUCUCUGCUGAAAGAGCUGCAGCACCCUAAUGUCGUCCGGCUUCUUGACGUGCUUAUGCAGGAGGCUAAACUCUACCUGGUGUUUGAGUUCCUUUCCAUGGACCUCAAGAAGUACCUCGACUCAAUACCCUCAGGCCAGUUCAUGGAUUCAACUCUAGUAAAAAGCUACCUGUACCAGAUCCUGGAGGGCAUCCUGUUCUGCCACAGCCGACGGGUUCUGCACCGCGACCUGAAGCCCCAGAACCUGCUCAUCGACAACAAGGGCGUCAUCAAGCUGGCCGACUUCGGGCUGGCUCGGGCUUUCGGCGUGCCAGUGAGGGUCUACACACACGAGGUGGUGACUCUGUGGUACAGAGCCCCAGAGGUCCUCUUGGGAGCGUCUCGGUACUCCACACCCGUAGACGUCUGGAGUAUCGGCACCAUUUUUGCGGAGCUCGCCACCAAGAAGCCCCUCUUCCAUGGCGACUCUGAGAUCGACCAGCUCUUCAGGAUAUUCAGAACCCUGGGAACACCAAAUAAUGAUGUUUGGCCCGAAGUGGAGUCCCUUCCUGACUACAAGAACACUUUUCCCAAGUGGAAGGGAGGAAACCUGUCCACCUCUGUGAAGAACCUCAACAAGAGUGGCAUUGAUCUGCUCGGGAAAAUGCUGAUCUAUGACCCUCCAAGGCGCAUCUCUGCCCGUCAGGCCAUGAACCACCCUUACUUUGACGACCUCAACAAGAGUACCCUCCCUGCCAGCAACAUGAGAAUCUAACUGGGCAACCUGUCGUCACGGAAAUGGUCCCUGUGGCAACCCAUGCAAUUAUGGAGCAAUACUCACCUCGGAAUUUAUUUGUCGACGUAUAUGUUAAUGUUGUAUUUUGUAUGUUGUGUUUGUCCUCUUUAAAUGUUUGUAUGCCUUCAGUUGUGUAAUAGAAGGCAUUUGUGUACAUACAUUCUUGCGCUUUUUUUGGAGAGAAAUGUCAGUUUGUAUAUGUUUCCAGUAAAGUGCACUUUUUGACAUCAAA